UGUGCUUCCGGUUAUGUCAAAUAUUUGAAAAGUGCUGUGCUAGAUUAUAUUGUGGUUAUUUGUCUAAAGACAUGCUCGUAGAAUGAUUGACCGUGGAUGUCUUCCACAUGCUAUAGUCAACAAGUGGUACUGUGGCACUUUUAUCAUAUGUCAUGAUGAAAAUAUAGUUUUCCUGGCGCUAAAACUUGAACACUGUUGAAGAUGUCACACGUCCGUCCAAAGGAAAACAUGGCGAUGCAAUCCACACGUCAGACAAUGGAUCUGUCAGAAAAACGCGAAACCUUGCUUCACACACUCAAGUUGGCUUACAAGAAGAUCAACUCACUCAAUGCUGCUACGAGGAAGAUCAAUGCUGUCAUGGCUAUCUUGUUCAUGAGGAGAGACAAAACUAAGAGCGACAUGGACAGCAUGACACGCCGACUUUCAGCCAAAAUAGCCAUGCUGCAAAGAACAUUUGAAAAAGAUCUUUCCACCAUCGUGGACAGAAAGAUUAAAGCAAUGGAGGACCAGGUGCAAGUGCUGUUUGAUGAGAUCUGCACCCUGGGAGAAGUUUGUGUGGAGGCAGAGAAGGUGCUAAAGAUUCAGAAUGAGCACAAGUUAGCAUCAGAUGGAACUCAUCUGACAGAAACUUUCGAGUCUUUGCUGGAUAGCAAACAUGAUGGCGAGGAUCAGGGUGACCUUGAAAAUUUGAUGUUCCUACAGUUUGUACAAGGAGACCUGGAGACAAAGUUCGAUCAAGGGGUGUUCGGACAUAUUUUCACUUCAAACAAAGAUAGUGGGAUAUCGCUUGCUUGUUCCAAUAUGUCUCUUGAUUCGAAUCCUGAAGUGAGUCCAAUUCCGGAACUAGGCUCAUUGUUGAACAGUGCACAUGGUUCUGAAUCUCAACCAGGACUUAAAGCCAGUGAGAAAGGCAGGACCAAUCAAACUCUGCUUCAUACAAUCCAUAAUGUUCCAUGUCCACCUGGGUUUGAGGCAGGACUUGCCAAAAAGAAGAGCGAAAUGUUUCCUUGUGUUUCCACACCUGCUAAUGUUGUUCAUACUCCAAGUUCUCAAGCCAAAGAACCUGUUGCAGCUAGAAAAAAUGAAUCAAACCAGCUGACAGCAAAAUUGUUGGAGGAGGCAAUGGAAGUUGGAGCUAAUGAAGAGACUGUGAUGCAGAUGGGUGCAAUUAAUCCUUGCAAUGAAGAAUCGUGCAACCGAUCAUCAGACAAUUCCAAACUGUCACCAAUUAUUGAAAAGUGGGAUGAAGAUAUGUAUGAGAUCACUGAGAUGUCGUCUGCCAUGUCUAUUCGGCUCCAGAAAAACAUUUAUGACAGGAAGGUGUCUGAGAGGAACACAAAGAGUAGUUCUAAAGGUUCUGGAGACAUGUGUCAUUCAGCACCAAGGUCAGCUAACAAAAGAAGUAAUUCAACUGAAUCUUGGGAUAUGGCCCUUCCAGAUGAAAACUCUUUCCAUCAACAAACUCGAGCAGUAUCAUCUGAGAACCCUUCCCAUGUGAGAAGACUUUUUGAUAAAGAAUUAGGGUCAAGUAAGCUAAAUGAAAAGCAAAACAAUGGUGAAUCUUGGAAGGAUUCAACUAAAGGGAGGAUUGUAAACCUAAAAGGAAAUUCGACAAAAGGUAGUGAGAAAGAAUCGACCGAUAUUGAAAAUAGGCCCCCCAAACCCUUUGAUGUGGAGGCAGCAUUGAGAAGGUUUCCGUGUGUGACUGCUAAUGGGAUGGAUGACUGGUGGGAUGCUCGGGGUGGCGACCAUAGUCAGUACAGCUUUCCUGUGAAGAAAGAGAAGAUUGAUAUGCAGCCUGUAUCAAGUGAAAGGAGGCUUGAGAAUGGACAGAUGACCACAGGUCUUGGUGGAGCACCCGGUAAGAGUUUCAGAAGCAGCCCACUUGGAAAGAUGCCACAGCAGCCUGGUUCUACCUCAUUGAAACUGUCACCACUGGCAGAAGAACAGGGAAAUGACACUGUCACAGAGCCUGAGAGAAAUUGUGAAAUCGUGAGUCAUGAAUCUAAAGGUGAACUGGAUUUGAAUGUGAAGACUUCAGCUAUAUCAAAGGAGGAGGAUUGCCAAAAGGGAAAGAAAGAAUAUUCUUCCAAAAAGACAUAUCCUAUCAUUUCUGGUAGAAUGAAGAAUCUGCUGAAGACGUACAUUGAAUCUAACAAGGAAAGUCCUAUGGGUGGAACGAUUGGUGGGGAAGAUGAUAGUGCUGGUGAUAGCCCUUCCUGUCCCAAAUCAGAUACCAGUAGAAUUGUGGAGAGUUCCAAGUCAAGUAAGGUUGAUGUAUUAGACAAGCCAAAGGAUGGUAACCAUGGUGAUAUGGACAAGGUACUCUCACCAUUAGGUCAUACACUAUCAAAGAGCAGACCUCUUGACAUGUCUUUGUUUUCGAAACCUAAGCUACAGGAACAUAUGCUGAGUAUAAAGGAAGAACCCCAAGAGGAGAUCCAGAUGGAGACUGAUGUUGAUUAUCCAGGAAGUACCAGGGCUAAGGUUGAGGGGACAUCUGUUGCUCUUACUACCACCAAGUCUGAAGACAAGGUGAUGGCUACUCGUGCCCAGUCACCACUACAGAGGAAGGAUGAUGUUGCUGUGAAGAAGGAUGUGGAUCUUGAAGUUGCAGUGAAAAAAGAAGUUCAUUCUCCUGGCAGUGGGACUGUAAGCAAGAAGGUAGCAGAGAUAUACACUGACUUGUCUAGGCUGGUGUUCUCAGGGAACUGCUGGACCGAAGUCAAUGCUACACUUGUGAGUAAGAUUGGUCACCUGAAGAAAGGCCACGGCGAAGGCUUCUUCUUCCCCAUCGGUGUUGGGUCCAACAGCCAUGGUGACUUAAUUGUGGCAGACAACGGUAACGAUCUUGUGAAGGUUAUGAAGAAGGAUGUCCUUGACUUUACCAUUGGCAUGCAGGCGGACAAGUUUUUCUCACAGAGUGGAGUUGCACUAUCUCGUCCCUCAGCAGUAGUAGUGAACGAGAAAGAUGAGUUGUUUGUGAAGGAUGCCACUGGAAUAUUCAAGUUUGACGUCAAAGGAGUUCUCCUGGAGCAGAUAGGUCAAAAGAUUCUCAAAAGACCUUACGGACUUGCGCUGACCUACACCGGACACUUGGUGACCCUAGAUGUGACGAGGUCCGACCACUUGCUGUAUCUCUUCAAGCAGAACGGUGGAGUGUUCCGCUGCAGUGUCUUUGGUCCCCUCAGUAACAAUAUGGCAGGCUCCAAGUGCCGCUUUCUGGAGGUCUUCAGAGACAGGGUCCUUGUCAGUGAUCUUGGCCUGAGUGUGAUGUACCUGGGCAACUUGUGUGGACAAGUAUUCCACUGUUUCGGCCAUUACGGAACCAAUCCAGGAUUCUUCCGUGAACCAUCAGGUGUGACAGUAGACUCUGCCGGGAACUGGAUAAUAGCCGACAGCAAGAAUGACAGGAUACAGGUUUUUUCUCCUGACGGGCAGUACUUGUUUCCCAUCAAGCUGUCCGAUCCAAUCUACCGACCGUCCGACAUCAUGCUGACGCGGGACAGACACUUACUAGUUGUCAACUACCUCACUCACUCUGUCAAAGUCUACAGGAUAGGUUGAAUCUCUUCCCUUGCCAUGUCCACCAUGACUUACUUGUUAAAAAAAAAAGAAGAAAAAAAAAGACUUCCUUGUCUGACACAUACUCUCCUUCGUCUGUUUCUCUGACCAAUCAGAUUGUCCCC